CCAUGGCCCACUGUUCGGGGAAAAAAACUUGUCUAUCUAAAACCCUUUGUAACCAGACAACAACCCCGGAAAAAACUUAAUAUAAAUCGACAAUUUAUUUUCAAUCUCCCAAGUCAAAGAAGUUGAAUUAAUGGAAAAAGUAAAGAAGCAGCAUCACCAAACACUAGCUUUCAUCUUCUUGUUGAUUAUCCUAUUGUCUUUAACAAACAAGUCAGGAUCGUCGUCAUCGGAGUUAUCAAAAGCUCGGAAGCAUCACUUUGUUCUAGUGCAUGGAUCAUGCCACGGAGCAUGGUCAUGGUACAAGGUUAUUACACUUCUCAAAUCGUGGGGUCACAGUGUGACUGCCUUAGACUUGACAGCUUCAGGGGUCAACCAAAAGAAGGCUUUGGAGCUUAAAUCAAUUUCUGAGUACUUUGAACCUUUGAGUGAGUUCAUGGCUUCAUCAGUGGGUAAAGGUGAAAGAGUGGUUCUUGUUGGUCAUAGCCUUGGUGGCUUGGCCAUAUCCCAUGCCAUGGAGCAUUUUCCUCACAAGAUUUCUGUGGCUGUCUUUGUCACAGCUAUGAUGCCUGGUCCAACACUCAACAUAUCCACCCUCAAUCAGAAGGCAUUAAGCAAAUUACAACCGCUACUGGAUAAUCAUUACACUUACGAUGAAGGACCUAAUAAAUCGGCCACAACAUUUGUAUUUGGACCAAAAUUUCUUGCAUCUAAAGUGUAUCAACUCAGUCCAGACCAGGUAUUUUCUGGCUGAAAUUGAGGGACCUGAGCAAAAAUCUGAUCCAGAGACCAAAAAGGACUGCAGAUGCUGUUGGAUUCUGACCUCCCUGCACUCGAAGCGGAUUUUCUGGAGCUACAGAAGCCCAAUUGGCGCGCUCUCAACGGUGUUGGAAAGUAGACAUCCUGGGCUUUCCAGCAAUAUAUAAUAGUCCAUACUUUGCCCAAGAUUUGAUGGCCCAAACCGGCGUUCAAAGUCACCUCAAGAAAUCCCAGCGUUAAACGCUGGAACUGGCACCCAAAUGGGAGUUAAACGCCCAAACUGGCACCAAGGCUGGCGUUUAACUCCAAGAAGAGUCUCUACACGAAAUUUGCUUCAUUGCUCAGCCCAAGCACACACCAAGUGGGCCCGGAAGUGGAUUUUUAUGUCAUUUACUCAUCUAUGUACUAGUUUUCUAUAAGUAGGACCUUUUACUAUUGUAUUAGGACAUCUUGGUAGCUAUCUUUGAGUUUUAUGCUAUCUUAGAUCAUUGGGAGGCUGGCCAUUCGGCCAUGCCUAGACCUUGUUCUUAUGUAUUUUCAACGGUGGAGUUUCUACACACCAUAGAUUAAGGUGUGGAGCUCUGCUGUACCUCGAGUAUUAAUGCAAUUACUAUUGUUCUUCCAUUCAA